GAUGACAGAAAACAAAGCAAUGACAAAACACCACGUGGUAGCCAGGAUCUCUCAACAGCUCGGAAACACCAUAGAAGGGCCAGUCAGGGUAACAAACCAAAACCGCUAGGGCCUGAAAUAAAGAACUGUCACGAGAAAGACAAGAUGAAGCUGGUUCACAGUUCUAUGUAUACCAAGUUCCCUCCACCAGUCAUCACCCACACAGCUUCCACCCCCAAAGGGUCACCAUGUCCUUCUGUAGAACCAUCAGUUCGAGAUUGUAUCAAUCGAUUUUCUUCUAUGAGUCACACCAAUGGUUUAUACAUACCAGUUGAGCAGCCAUUGAAAGUAAAGAAUGCUCUUGUCACCUCAGCUGACCAUCUCGCCAGCGUUUACAUCGAUGUUCCUUUUACGCAAAAAGAAAUGAAUCCACUGGAUUUUAACACAUCUAGCUAUUCCCCUGUGAACAGAACCUCAAGGUCUGAAGGAGACUGUAGUCACAAGACUUCUGAAAUCACAAGUGAUCAUGACCAGCCAUCAGACGUCUUGUUUAGUACCCAGUCUUCCCUCUCUCUGAAUAACAACACAACUCAGUGUAUAGAGCUUCGAGAAGUCGUCAGGAACGAGCCUCUAGGUGGCAGCAGUGUGUCUUCCUACACUUUAACAAACAACAGAAGCUUCUUAUCUGUAAUCCCACAACACCACUUCUGGCUCUCUUCUGACUUCUUCGAUAAAAAUAUAUCUCGGACCAGUAGUUGCUCUCCUAAUUCUUUAGCGCGAGCCGGUGAACUUUCGCUAGGGAAUUUAAAACAUGAAAGUGGGUUAGCUGCUGAGUACUUAAAACAGGAAAGUAGCUUACCUGCUGAGUUCUUAAAACAGGAAAGUAACUUACCUGCUGAGUCCUUAAAACAGGAAAGUAACUUACCUGCUGAGUCCUUAAAACAGGAAAGUAGCUUACCUGCUGAGUUCUUAAAACAGGAAAGUAGCUUACCUGCUGAGUCCUUAAAACAGGAAAUUGGGUUAUCUGCUGAGUUCUUAAAACAGGAAAAUGGGUUAUCUGCUGAGUUAUUAAAACAGGAAAGUGGGUUAUCUGCUGAGUCCUUAAAACAAAGUAGUUCGUCUUCUUCACUUGGAAAAGAAGCUUUUCUUUCGCCUCAUCAUCGAAGUCAAACAUAUACAUCAAUAGAGAAAAGCCGCAGUAUUUCCCCAGCGUAUUCAGACGACCAAUACAACCGGCUUCAAGUGUGGCCUGAAAAAGACAGAGUUACAUCUUGGAAGACAAAACAACCACAUCUAGUCCUAACCCAGGUUUGUACUUGUUCACAAAACUCAAUUGAAUAGUGGAGCUAGCUGACAGUGACAGUUAUAAAAUAUGCGACACACUAAACUGGAAAGUAAAGCUAGUUGACUAACGUCUAUAGAAGACAAGACACACUAUACUGGAAAGUAGGGCUUGUUGACUAACGUCUAUAGAAGACAAGACACACUAUACUGGAAAGUAAAGCUAGUUGACUAACGUCUAUAGAAGACAAGACACACUGAACUGGAAAAUAGGGCUAGUUGACUAACGUCUAUAGAAGACAAGACACACUAUACUGGAAAGUAGGGCUUGUUGACUAACGUCUAUAGAAGACAAGACACACUAUACUGGAAAGUAGGGCUUGUUGACUAACGACUAUAGAAAACAAGACACACUAAACUGGAAAGUAGGGCUUGUUGACUAACGACUAUAGAAAACAAGACACACUAAACUGGAAAGUAGAGCUAGUUGACUAACGUCUAUAGAAGA